AUGCUUGCAAUAAGAAAGCUCAAAACAGGACCUGAUAUCCCCUUGGUUUUAAGUGUCAUUGUUGCUAAUUGCAAUUAUAGAACAGGCCAAGUUUCUAGUGACAAAAGUGUCCAGUAUAUUGUUAAGUCUGCUAUCUCUUCGUUAGCUAAGUCAAGUUCAUCAGCAUUUCUUCGGGGACCAGAGAAUAAAUUUACUCUUCAAGGACUAUGUUUCUCUAGUGUGGCUGAAAGAAUCCUGGUCCAGGCUCAAGACCCAGCCAAAGUUAGUUUGGAGAUACAAAAUGCUAUUGAUUCGAAUCAAUUAGAUUGUUCGUGGAAAUUAUUGGAGCAGCAUAUGCAUAUGGAGGGGUUUCCCAGAAAAUCUGUCAUCAGCAAGCUUGUAACAAGUUAUGUGGAUAGCCUUGAUACAAAACUGCUGGGAAAAGCUUAUGAAUUAGUAGAACGUGCUAUUGAGGAAGGUAAACAGGAUUUGUUAGAAAAGGAUGUGCUUAUCUACCUUACCUUUGGCCUUGCAAAAGCCAGACUACCAGUUCCAGCAUCAACCAUUUUAAGAAAAAUGAUAGAUAUGGAGCAUUUUCCCCCAGCCACUGCUUGGUCUGCAGUUUUAGCACACAUGUCGCAAACAGCAGAAGGAAGUUAUCUUGCUUCUGAGUUGAUUCUUGAAAUAGGUUAUUUGUUCCAGAACAAUAGAGUAGAUCCGCGUAAAAAGAGCAAUGCACCUUUGAUAGCCAUGAAACCAAACACUACUGCUUUUAGCAUUGCUUUGGCACGGUGCCUCCUUUUCGAGUCAUCUAGGAAGGCGGAACAACUUCUUGAUAUGAUGCCUCGAAUUGGUGUCAAAGCAGAUGCACACUUACUGAUAAUAAUGGCUCGUGUAUUCGAGAGAAAUGGGAGAAGGGAAGAGCUCAAGAAGCUGCAAAGGCACAUAGAGGAAGCCCCAAAUCUAACUGAUUUACAGUUCCGACAGUUCUAUAAUUGUUUGUUGACAUGCCAUUUGAAAUUUGGCGAUCUAGAAUCUGCAUCAAAUAUGGUUUUGGAAAUGCUUAGGAAAGCAAAGGAAGCAAGAAAUUCUCUUUCAGCUGCCAAAUUUAUGAUAAAUGCUGAUGGCAUUGAUCAUAACCAUUCUCCUGGACUGGCUUCUGUGCAAAGUUUGAAUAACAAUAAGGAUUUAGAUAGUUUACAAUAUAACAGGUCAUGUACAAGUGCUGUACUAUCUUAUGAGGAGUUCUCUAAAGAUAGAAACUUCUCAAAGCUAGAAGCAGAGUCAAAGGCUAUACUUGGUUCUUUAUUAGCUAAGUUGCAGAUGCAGGUGGACUUGAUUACAACCAAGCAUGGGAUAUUGCAGCCAACUGAAACAAUUUAUGUAAAAUUAGUUAAAGCUUUACUAGAAGCUGGCAAGACCAAGGAUUUAGUUGCGUUUCUCCUCAAGGCAGAAAGAGAAGAUUCUCCAUUUUCCAAUGACAAUUCAGUUUUGGUUCAUGUUAUGAACACAUGCAUCUCACUUGGAUGGCUGGAUCAAGCACACGAUCUCCUGGAUGAGAUGCGUCUGGCCGGAGUUAGAACUGGUUCAUCUGUAUACUCCUCUCUUUUGAAAGCAUAUUGCCGAGCGAAUAGGGCUGCAGAUGUCACAUCGCUUCUGAGAGAUGCUAGGAUAGCUGGUAUCCAGCUUGACUCAAGUUCAUAUGAGGCAAUGAUCCAAUCCAGGGUGCUCCAGCAAGACACAAAGGGUGCACUCCAACUAUUUAAAGAAAGGAAAGAGGCUAGAAUUCCAAGAGUCACUCAACGAAACUUUGACAUGAUGGAUAAUGAUGGAGCAGAGACUGAUGAAGCUGGACUGAUGACCAAGCUUUUGCAGGAAAUCAAGGAAGGGCAGAGAGUGGAUUGUGGAGUACAUGACUGGAAUAAUGUAAUCCACUUCUUUUGCAAGAAGAGACUGAUGCAAGAUGCAGAAAAGGCUCUAAAGAAGAUGAGAAGCUUAGGCCACUCGCCAAAUGCGCAAACUUUCCAUUCUAUGGUCACAGGGUAUGCUGCCACUGGAGGGAAAUAUCAAGAGGUGACAGAGCUAUGGGGAGAGAUGAAAGCUUCUUCUAUCUCCAUGACGUUUGAUCAGGAACUUCUUGAUUCUGUGUUGUAUACGUUUGUAAGGGGUGGAUUCUUUGUUCGAGCCAUUGAAGUUGUGUCCGUGAUGGAAAAAGGAAACAUGUUUGUUGACAAGUACAAGUACCGAAUGCUAUUCUUGAAAUACCAUAAAUCACUUUACAAAGGGAAGGCUCCGAAAUUUCAGACAGAAUCCCAACUAAACAAAAGGGAAGCAGGCCUGGCUUUUAAAAGGUGGAUAGGCUUGACUUAA